UGUCCGCCGCCAGUCGCCAAGCCAGCCAUUUUGAUUCGUAACAUGGCGUCGCCGCCGGAGAUUAAUAUGGCGUCCUCAGACAUAAUAACCGAGGUAGAGAUACAACCGGAUAUCCAGGAAGUGGAGAUAGAAACAAUACCGGUGGAGAUACCGUGCGAAACUGUGGAGACAACGAUCGAGAGCGAAGACGGGCAGCCGAUGAUAGCGCUGCAGCCAUUACCGGAACCUGGUCGCGAGGAAAUCAUUCUACAGACACAAGAGGAGAUCGUUGGCGCGGAUCCGCUAAACGUGUACGAUCAGAUCCCGGUGCCCGAGAACGACAUUUAUGUUGAAUCGAGUCCCGGACCAUCGCGCAAAGCCACUAAGAAGGCGCGAAAGAGCGGCGGGACGCGUUUCCGCGCGUCGGAUCACGCGAUGUUCAGCGAGAUGUCUACAGAAACCAAGGCUAGAAAGUGGGAGCAGAAGCAGGUGCAAAUCAAGACCCUCGAGGGCGAGUUUUCGGUAACGAUGUGGGCAUCCGGCACGGACGACGGUAGCGUCCUAUUAGCGCCUGACCUGGAUGUGGAUGUUCCAGAUGAAGGCUCGAAUCCAGAGCCAGAUCCGGACUACACGGAGUACAUGACAGGCAAGAGCAACGCUAAGUUCAAUUCUAGUAGUUCGGUUUCGGAUGGUAUGCCGGGCUUGGAUCUCUCAGAUCCUAAACAGCUAGCCGAAUUUGCGCGACCUGGUCACAAGGUCAAAGUCCGCAGGCCGCCUGUUGUCGAAGGUGUGGAACGUACGAUCGCAUGUCCGCACAAAGGAUGCACAAAGAUGUUUCGGGACAACAGCGCAAUGCGUAAACAUCUGCACACGCACGGGCCGCGUGUGCAUGUGUGCGCGGAAUGCGGUAAGGCCUUUGUCGAAAGCUCUAAACUCAAGAGGCAUCAGUUGGUGCACACGGGCGAGAAACCUUUUCAAUGUACAUUCGAGGGAUGCGGCAAGAGGUUUAGCCUCGACUUUAAUCUACGAACCCACGUGAGAAUUCACACGGGCGAUCGGCCAUAUGUCUGUCCGUUCGACGGAUGCAGCAAGAAGUUCGCGCAAUCUACCAAUCUCAAGUCGCACAUUUUAACCCACGCGAAGGCCAAAUCGCGAAACGCAAUUGGGAGACAAGUACAACAAAUCCAACUUCAACAACCUCAAUACGUACAAGUUGAAGUUGCAGAUGUGGACAAUCAACAAUUCAUUGUCUAUGCCGAUUAGCCCCCCUAAACAUUGAUCUCGCGUAUCUCUCACUACUGAAUACUAUUACUGAAAUAUCGUAAUCAUUAAUUAUUAAUCUGGACUACAGAUUACUCUACAGUGUAAAUAUUUUUACGUGUACAAGAGAUGUUAUUGCAGGUGACACAAGCGGUUAAUAACUGUCUUAAGUGAAUUAAAUCAAGAAUUGAUUAAUCGAAUACCUCUGUGCUUAGAUAAGAAUUAUUUACAAAAUAUCUGGAGCACUAAUAAUCUAUUAUCGCAAAGUGUGAGAGGGGAAAAUAAAAUUAAGUUACAUUUUAAGAAAAAAAAGAGCGACGUAUCUUUUACGGUAUAUAUAUAUAUAUUAUACGCAAGGUAAAACUAUAUCGCGUACUGCUCAAUCUCUUGUUUUUGUAAAGAAAUGAGUUCAUGCGCGCCGCAACACACACACACACACACAUUUUCUCACGAUUGUGUGUA